AUGGCACAAAAAAAAGAGAAAGAUGAGACGAAAUUCAAGGUCAUACCGAAGGCCAUCAUGCUAUGUGUUAAAUGCGGUGUUGCUCCGACCAAUGAUUUGCAUAAAAAUUAUUUUAGUGCCACUGCAGUUGGGUCCGCGUCCACUGUGGUCACGAUGGUUGUAGGAUCUAAAAAAUCAUUUAGAUCCAACUCGUCCUUGAGGUCUUCGCCUGAGAUGAAAUUGAAACCUGUGGAGAUCAGUAAGAGUUUGAAGAAAGAGGAUUUGGAUUCGACAGAGGUUGUGCAGGUGAAGAGAGAGGUAAAUCGGUGCUCUGAUUGUCGGAGGAAGGUUGGUUUGACCAAGUUUAGAUGUAGAUGUUGCGAGCUCUUUUAUGCCAAUCAUCGUUAUUCCUAUCGGCACGAUUGCAGCUACGACUACAAAGCCGCUGGAAGAGAGGCCAUCUCAAGGGAAAAUCCAGUGGUUAAAGCAGCUAAAAUUGUCAAAAUUUGUAGAAACCAUUAUCGAUUGUAUACAUGUAUAUAUCAAUCUAGAAAUAAUGUGAAAUGA